AUGCAGAUGAGAGAAAGCCCAGAGCAGGGCAGCUGGCUAGAAGGAGCCCAAGACCCUGAAAGAGGAAAAACAUCCUCCAAAGCAGACUGGAGAAAGACGCUUCCCCCAGAAGCUCUGGGAAAGAGCUUCUGGGGAAAGCAGAAGCAAGCGCAGUCCCAUGUCGGUGCCUGCCAGCGUGGCCAGACUUUGGCACAGGAACACAAGUCCAGAGCCUUGCCUAGGGUCAUUGGUCCUUCUUUCUAUAGAGCUCUUGACACCCAGCGUAGGGCCGCCGCCGCGGCAGCUCCCACGUGGCAAGUUCAGAUUGUGCAGCGCCGAGCUGGGGGCGGCGGGCGGGACCGCAGACCCCUCCCUCCGCUCUCCGGCGCUUCCCUCCGGCCGACCCCGGCGCCCGCUCGGUCCUCCACAGCCAGGGGGCGAGCGCGGCUCCCCGGCGGCGGGGGCCCAUUGGUCGCGGCGGGGAAGCGUGGGAGGAGGCCCAGCGGCGAGCUGGCUUUCUCCCGGCCACUCGCAGGGGUGAGGGGAAGCCGGAGGGCCCUGGGAGGAAGCGGAGGCGCGAGCUGGAGGCGGCGGCGGUUCCCGUCGGCCUCCGGCAGGACUGAGCGCGGGAGGCCGGAAGGCGGUCGCGCGCAGCGGAGAGGCGGGCGGGCGCAGCGGAGAGGCGGGCGGGAGGCCGGUGAGACGGCUGGGAGGCGGACGGAGCCGGGGCUCAGAGACUGGAUCCCCCUCUGUUCUGCAGACUCGAGUACAGUGGUGCGAUCAUAAUUCACUGCAGCCUUGAACUUCUGGGCCCAAG